UAUCCUUGAGCAAAGAGACAAAGGGAAAGAGAAGCAGAGGGAACACCUGCGUUUUGGAAGUUUUGAUGGAUAGAUUUGACGGAACACCACGUCUCAUACUUGUUGCUGAUCUUGAUUGCACAUUGGUGGAUCACGAUGACCCUUUAAACACCGACCUCCUUAGGUUCAAUGCGCUUUGGGAAGCUCACUAUCGCCAUGACUCGUUGCUUGUUUACUGCACCGGGAGGUCUUUCAGCUCCUACUCGGGUCUACGAAAGAAGAAGCCUUUGUUGACGCCGGACAUCGCCAUAACUUCUGUUGGUUCUGAGAUUGUUUACGGCAGUGGUGAAUCCAUGGUGAGGGAUGAUGUUUGGACUGCUCGUUUGGAUGAUAAAUGGAACAGAGACAUUGUUGUUGAGGAAACUUCUAAAUUCCCUCAGCUUGAGCCUCAGCCAGACAAGAGCCAAGAACCGCACAAAGUGAGUUUUUUUGUGGAAAGAGAACACGCUAUUGAAAUAAUGAAGGUUCUUCCAGGGCGAUUAGAGGAGCGUGGGGUGGAUGUGAAGCUGGUUUAUAGCAACGGCUAUGCUUUCGAUGUAUUACCUAAAGGAGCUGGCAAACAAGGUUCUCUGACAUAUCUACUUGAAAAAUUGGAGAUUGAAGGAAAGCAACCUUCUAACACACUUGUUUGUGGUGACUCUGGAAAUGAUGCUGAGCUUUAUAACGUUCCUCAAGUAUAUGGUGUAAUGGUUAGCAAUUCGCAUGAAGAAUUAUUGCAAUGGUAUGAAGAAAAUGCAAAGGACAACCCAAAAAUAUUUCAUGCGUCCCAGAGAUGUGGAGCUGGCAUCAUAGAAGCCAUUCAGAGGUUUAAUUUGGGACCAAGUGUCUCUCCAAGAGAUGUUUUGGACACUGAAAAUUUCCACGCGGAAAGUUUGAAUCCUGUUCAUGAGGUUGUUAAAUUUUAUCUCUUUUAUGAGAGAUGGCGAUGUGGAGAGGUGGAGAAGUCUGACAAGUAUUUGCAGUAUUUGAAAUUGCUCUCUAGUCCACUUGGUGUUUUUGUUCAUCCGUCUGGAGAGGAGAAACUGAUUCAUGAAUGGAUAGAUGAGAUGGGGAAGUUACAUGGGGAUGGGAAGGAAAAGCAGUUUCGAAUUUGGUUGGAUAAAGUUACAUCUUCUCAAAUCAGUUCAGAUACAUGGCUUGCAAGAUUUGACAAGCAUGAGUCAUCUGAGGGAAAAGUACGGUCUUGCUCAACAAAAGUCUUACUAAGUUAUCAGGGGGAAAAGGAAAAGCUGACGUGGAUGCACAUCCACCAAUCAUGGUCAGAUGAUUCAUGUUCAGAUGAUCAAGAAAAAUGGAUUUUCUAGAAGGAUAAUCUGAACCAUGACUGACGUAUUAAGUUGACUCCUUGUUUGGGACAGAAGCUAACCAAAGAGCAUAGUGUUUGCUUUGUGCUGUGUUGUUUGAAACGUUCUAGUGAUAAUAAGAAAGACUGGGUCCUGAGUUUGGUCUGGUUCAGGACUUUCUGUGGCAGGGAUAGUUUUGGGUCUCUACAACAAAACCCUACACUUUGCUUCAUCUAUAGGAUACCUCUUGGUGUUGUAACUAUAGAAUUUGUGUUUCAUUUUCUAUACUUUUUGGUUUACAUAUAUGGAUUGUUUUAUGCAAUUUCUAUAAUAAGUUUGACUUAAACCCAUA